AUGGAAGAAGGUUAUUACAAGUGGCUCAACAAACUCAAACUUAGCAAAAAGGUGGAAACGUUUUGGUGGAGACUUGGCAAUGCUUCUAUUCCAACCAAUUUAUAUCUUAAGAACCGAAAGCUUUUUGAUGAGGAUGCUUGUGCGAGAGGAUGUGAUAUGGUGGAAGAUUAUGAGCAUAUUAGUGUCAAUUGCAAACACUUGGUGGACAUCAUCAAUCAACUCAAUGCUUGGGGUAUUCCUAUUCCUACUUUUAACUCCUUGGAUCAUUGUUUAACUGAACUUAAACAAAUUUCUGGUAAAAAUCUGGGAGUGGUACAGAUUUAUUGUACCAUUGUUUACUUCUCUUGGAAGAAUAGGAACGAGAUAAAGCAUGGAAAAUCUGAUCUUCCUUAUUAUGCUGUAGCUGCUAAUGCUUUAUUUGUAGCCAUCACUAAAGCUACGUCUUAUCUUUCUUACUGGAGCACUAAUCUCCUUAGGGAGUCUUUUAUUUCUUGGUGCCCCCCACCGAAAGAUUGGAUGAAAAUCAAUGUUGAUGCUUCAUUAACUCCUUCGGGACUAGCUGGUAUUGGUGGAAUCUUCCGAGAUUGCUUUGGGAGAUUCAUUCUUGCAUUUGGGAGAACAUUGAUACAUUGGGAUAUUGCUCAUUUGGAGUUGGAUGCUAUACUCUUGGUCAAAGAUUAUGUCAAAAGCUGGAUGAAAGAUUACAAAGGAGUCAUUAUUGAAAGUGACAAUUUGAAUGUUAUCAAAUACAUUCAAAAUUCUUUGAAGAAAGACAAAGGUGCUAUGACCCUCAAGCUAGUAAGUGAUUCUUUAUUUGUAAGUGAUUUCAAUAAAGUAGUUUUUGUACAUGCUCAUAGAGAAUGUAAUAAGGUAGCAAACUUAUGUGCUACUAUGGCUCUAGAUGAUAGCUUUUACUUUGAUAGUUUUUCUUUUGAUGAUAUCCCUCCCUUUAUGGUUAAUUUAAUCAAGGUAGAAUAUCAUCCCCCUGCUGAUUGUAAUUAA